AAGUUGUCAGCUGUGGCAUCACAGCGCUCGAUUUGCCGAGGAUGCCACGGUGAUAGCACUCCUCAUAUACAGAGGGCUGCUGGCAACAAGGGAGUUCCUCAAGAAGGAAUUCAGCGCCGAAAACGUCUACUUCUGGCAGGCAUGCGAGCGCUUCCAGCAGAUCCCAGCCAGUGACACGCAGCAGCUGGCACAGGAGGCACGGCGAAUCUACGAUGAGUUCCUCUCCAGCCACUCGGUCAGUCCCGUGAACAUCGACAAGCAGGCCUGGAUUGGAGAGGACAUGCUGGCCACCCCCUCCCCAGACAUGUUUCGUAUCCAGCAGCUCCAGAUCUUCAACCUGAUGAAGUUUGACAGCUACACACGCUUUGUGAAAUCCCCGCUCUACCAGGCCUGCCUGCGGGCAGAGAGCCAGGGACAGCCCCUGCCCGACCUGCGGCCCCACUCCCGCAGCAGCAGCCCACCGCCCGACCUCAGCAAGAAGUCGAAGCUGAAGCUGGGCAAGUCUCUUCCACUGGGUGUGGAGACGGUGGGCAGUGGUGCCAACCGCAGCCCUCGACGGUCCUUCAGGAAGGGAGAGCGGCGGGAGCCCUCCUGGGCAGCGUCCCGCCCCGGCCACCCCACCCGCGACAUGCUGGCAGGGAUAUGCGAGAAGCGCGGCUUCAGCCUCCCCGACAUCAAGGUCUACCUGGUGGGGAAUGAGCAGAAAGCGCUAGUGCUGGACCAGGAGUGCUCCGUGUUGGCAGACCAGGAGGUGAAGCUGGAGAACAGGAUAAGCUUUGACCCGGCCACUCUGGCCCUGGAGAAGCUGGUUGGCACAGUGGCUGCUCAGAAACUCGUCCUGGAAACGCCAGCAGACAUGCGAGUGACGGAGAGUGCUGAGGCUGCAGCUGCCCCCUCUCCACACCAGAGCGAGGAGGGGAGCCCGACCGGAGCAGAGCCCGACACGCUGUGGGAGACGCCCUCCUCCUACUCCCGGCCCCGGUCCUCAGCUGCCAUGAACCUGAACCGCCGCACAUAUGACCUGGAAGGGCUGGUGGAGCUGCUCAACCGUGCCCAGAGCUGCCGGGCCAACGACCAGCGUGGGCUGCUCUCCAAGGAGGACCUGGUCCUGCCUGACUUCCUCCAGCUCCCCGGGCAGGACAACAGUGCCUGUGAGGGGUCAGAUCAGCCCCGUGCCCCUCACCCAGGCUCUGAGGGAAAUGGCCAUCCUCAGCCCGCAGAGCCCACGCCAGCUCAGCCUCCGGUCGACCACGAGCUCCGAUGA